AUGUUUGCAAGGCAGGCCGCGCGAAGCUGUCGAUACGCCGAUUUUCGCACCAACAGCCUUGUGUCCGAUGUCGCCCAAUUUAGCACCUCGCAGAAUUUCCGGAUAAAGCAAUCACCCCUAUCCCGACCUUUGCCGAAAGGCACCUGGGACAGCCAUAUGCAUGUUGUCGACCCUGAAGUAUUCCCCCUUGAUGCCAGCGCCCAAUAUAUACCUCAUCCCCACACCUUGGCGGAUGCCAAGGCGUUUUAUUUUCAAUUUGGAAUCAAGAACAUGGUGUUUGUUCAGCCGUCAAUCUAUGCUAAUGACAACUCGUGCAUGUUGACCGCCUUGAAAGAAGUAAACCCCAAACAGGGCCGAGCAGUCGUUAGCCUCGACCCUGCAACAGUCGACCAAGAUACGUUACGAGAAUGGCAUUCCAUCGGAGUCCGGGGAGUGCGACUCAAUAUCGUAUCCGUGGGCCGAGAGCUUUCUGAUACCGAGCUUCGAGCAGAACUGGAAUCGUACGCUAGCAUUUUGAAACCCCGAAACUGGGUGCUUCAGCUUUAUAUCCCAAUGAGACUCACCACUCCUCUUGCAAAAAUUGUGCCUGAUCUCGGGCUCAAGGUUUGCAUAGAUCACUUUGGAUGGCCGUCGCAAUUAGAGCUACAUGACCCAUCUCGAGCAAAUGAUCCUUAUUCGCUUGCCGGAUUUGGGUCGCUUGUCCAACUCCUGCAGGAUGACACAUGGGUCAAAUUAUCUGCCCCUUACAGACUAUCCAAAGACCCUGAAAUGCGUGACCUUGAUCCUAUAGGACGAGAAUUGAUAAGAAAGGCACCGAAUCGGGUCGUAUAUUCUACCGACUGGCCGCAUACGAGAUUUGACAACAUUGAUUCUGGGCUGUUCAUUGAAAAAUGCUAUGAAUGGUGCGGAGGUGACACUUAUCUUAUUGAGAGAUUGUUCAGGAAGAAUGCAGAAGAGCUUUGGGACGCGAAUCAUGUGGAAUGA